UUGCCCUGUCGUUUCUUCUAGUUCAUCCUGAGCGUCAGGCUGGACUACCGGAUCUCGUACAUGCUGUCCAUAUACAAGAAGGAGUUCGGGGAGGACAGUGACAAUGGCAAUGCCUCCGCCAGUGGCACGCCAGACACGUUGCUGCCAUCAGCUCCUGUUCCUGACAUCGACGAGAUUGCAGCUCAGGCAGAGACGAUGUUUGCCGGAAGGAAGGAGAAAACCCCGGUUCAGCUGGACGAUGAGGGAGGCAGGACGUUCCUGCGGGUCCUCAUCCACCUCAUCAUGCACGACUAUCCUCCACUGCUGUCCGGCGCGCUACAGCUGCUCUUCAAGCACUUCAGCCAGAGAGCAGAGGUGCUUCAGGCCUUUAAGCAGGUGCAGCUGCUGGUGUCAAGCCAAGAUGUUGACAACUACAAGCAGAUCAAGGCAGAUCUCGACCAGCUCCGGCUGACGGUGGAGAAGUCCGAGCUGUGGGUCGACAACAGCUAUGAGAAUGGAGAGAUGGGUGCAGGGCAGGCCAAGGGCGGCGAGGAGACAAGCGAGGUUUGUUCCCAAGGUCACUUCCAGGGCAAACAUUAA